GGCAAGCUGCGAGUUUCCCGGUGUUCAAGUCUGGAGAUGACCCAAUACUAGUACCACCGGGAAAUAAGCCUGAUUAUAAAAAAGCCAGAAACUGGAAUGACGAACAUAAGGAACAUAAAUCAGCUGGUGAACCUUUGAUUAACAUAAAUAAUCCGACAUGCUAUCUG